AUGCCGUUAUCAUUGCAGAUAGAAAUUGAUUCUGAGCAGAAAGCUAUUGCAAAUUUAGACCGUUCAAGUAAAACAGGAAUAGAUGCCCAACAAAAUGGUUUAAAAAAAUCUUCGUAUUCUGAAUGGGCACUGUGGAGUACAUGCCUUGGCGGACGCAAAACUCGGCGUCGACAUUGCUUGCAUCGUUAUAUUUGCGGCGAUUCUCUGCGGAUAGAAGUUGCAAGACUGAGUUGCGCCAACUUGACGCAAAAGAUGUUCAAAAGAAAUUUCGAGGGUUCUCUUCUUGGAGCAAUUGGACUUCUUGUUCUCGAAAGUGUACAACUGUCAGGAAAAGAGUACACGGUUGCUGAAACAAUGCCUCAGCCGGUGCCAGCCAUUCAUUCGGAAGAUUCUCGGGCACUGUCCAAUAUUAUACCGACUUGUGGUAGACUGGGGCGAUACCGCUCUGCCAAUGCCCGAAUUCGAGCCAAAAUGAGGGAUAUGGUUCGCAUUAUAGGUGGCAGGCCAGCGCCACCGGGCAAGUGGAUAUGGCAAGUGGCUGUAUUAAAUCGGUAUAAGGAAGCUUUCUGCGGCGGUACACUGAUAGCACUGCGGUGGGUGGUCACAGCUGCCCAUUGUGUAAGGAAAAGAUUGUACGUACGUCUCGGAGAGCACGACUUACUCGUGCGGAGCCACGGAGAGGUUGAGAUGAAGGUGACUGAAGCUGUGAUCCAUCCGCAAUAUGACCCGGAUACUGUAGUCAACGAUGUCGCUCUGCUAAGACUACCAUCGCCGGCACGACCAGAUUUAGGUCACGGUAUAGCCUGUCUUCCGAAACCUCAUCAGAUUCUGCCUCCGCAUUCAACUUGUACAAUAUUGGGAUGGGGGAAAAAGCGCGCUACAGAUGUACAUGGCACAAGAAUUCUUCAUGAAGCUCAGGUGUCUACAAUACAACAGGGUGUAUGUCGACGUUCGUAUUGGCAGUAUGCUAUCACGGACAAUAUGGUAUGUGCGGGUCGCGGGCACAAAGACUCCUGUGCCGGGGACUCGGGAGGACCGCUACUAUGUAGAGACCGUACAAUGCGAUAUGUUCUACAGGGUAUAACAAGUUUUGGCGAUGGCUGUGGCAAACGCGGCAAAUAUGGAAUUUAUACAAGGACAGCCGGCUACGUCACCUGGAUGCGGGAGAUUAUGACCAACAAAUACUUCGACGAC